CAGCCAUAUCGACGAUCGGAAUGGAACCCAUACCUAGGUAUGUUGGCUUUCUGGCGAAGGUUUGUUUAUAUUCAACUUCUUCAUCCUCUAGAGGUCCGCUUGAAGAUUCUCUGUACAAUUCAGUCCUGUGCUUGAUAUCCCUACCGCUUGCCGUGCAAGUUGUAGUCGUCUCAUCGUUGUCACUACUCCCUUAGUCUAAGUACAACUUAGCUUCGAACCACCAUGGCGAUCACACAUUCAACCGAUUCCUAUCCCAAAGUGGCCUUCAUUGGCCUUGGAGCGAUGGGUUUUGCCAUGUCCACUCAUCUCGUCCGAACAGGAUUUCCCGUCAUUGGCUACGACAUCUACGGUCCAACGUUGGAUCGAUGGCAGUCUACUUGCAACGAUAUCCCAGGCUCAAAAGCGAACACAGCGAAAUCUCCGCUCGAAGCUGUCAAGGAUGCUUCGGUUGUGUGCUUGAUGGUCGCAAACCACCACCAUGUACAUUCAGCUCUUUUCGACGCGAAAGUCGGGGCUGUACAUGGCCUGCCCAAGGAUUGCACAGUGAUCAUUCAUGCCACUAUUCCGCCGACCGAGCCAUCAGCGGUACGCUCACGGCUGACGGAGGAAUUCAAACGGACUGACGUCAAAUUGAUCGAUGCACCUGUCUCUGGGGGCGCCGCCCGGUCCGUCAACGGCACACUGACCAUUAUGGCUGCCUCUGACAGUCCCAAGAACCUGGAGCAGCCGGAUGCAAGGAUUGUUCUGGACAAUGUGGCUAGCAAAGGAAAGACGCUCUUCAUCAUUCCUGGCUCUCUUGGUGCCGGACAGUCUGCCAAAGCCCUGAAUCAAGUCCUGGCUGGCAUCCAUAUUCCCGCGGCUUCUGAGAUCAUGGGCCUGGCUGCCAUCAAUGGUGUUGACACCAAGAAGUUCUACGACACCGUAACCGCGAAGGAUGCUUCUGGCAACACCCCUGUCGGAUGGAGCUGGAUGCUUGACAAUCGUGGGCCGAGAAUCUUGAGCUCCGACCCACCUAUGGCUUCAGCCACCCUAAUCAUCAACAAAGACGUCGGUAUCAUUCGGGACGAAGAGGCCAGACUGAACGUCGAAUUGCCUCUGCUGAACGAGGCGAGCGACAUUUUGAAGGAAGUCAUGAAGACACAUGCCACAGCGGAUGACAGCUGCAUUGUCCAGUAUUACCUCGGUUUCGGGUCGGACAGAAUGAACCGUGUGGUUGAACUGGCCGGAAAGCCUACCGUUGCAGCCAGCGAACAAGAGAGCCUGAUCCAAGAUCUGGCCACAGCACACGGGAUCAUCCAUCUCGUUUCGGCAUACGAAACAAUCAGCUUCGCCAAAGCGCUGGACCUCAUGGGCCCGGAGCAGAGAAAACGAUGGUUCACUAUGAUCUCCGGUGCCGCAGGCGGCACCACAAUUUUCUCGGAAGUGAUUCCCAGAGCUUUUGAGGACCCAGAGGGCGCUGAGGCUGCGUUCAAGAAAUAUGCAAAGGACAAAUUCGGCGGUGCCUUGGAUAAAACGGUUGCUCUCGUCAAGCAUGCGAAGAGCCACGGCUACGAACCAAGACUCCUCGAAGCUGCAGUCGAACAUUUCAGGAAAUUCGUGCAGGCAUAAGCACUUAUUGGAUGAUGGUCAUUUGGUAUAUUAUGGAACGUCUUGAAGACCGCUUCUACGUUGUUGAUCAUUUGGCUGGGCGUUUUUGGUACUUUGGGAUUUGUCCGUAGAGUCUUGUUCCGGCAUUCACGGCAGGCAGGCUUGUGCUGUUGCCAAAUUCAAGUUACUAGCAGCCAUCGGGCGAAUGGCGAGAGUGCUUCCGGGGAGACACAUCCCACUCGCAUCUUAGGGAGGAGUAGGCUCUUGUUAGAUCAGUCAUAAAUACAUACUUGAAGAGAUAGUAAAACGAGGCAUGUGCUCCAUCGUCAAAAGCCUCAAUAGAUGACCCGGUCCUACCGAGGAAACUAGAGGUCAUUGAUUU